AUGACUAGGAAUGAUGAACACGUGGCCAAGAUGGCCCAAGAAAUGGAAUCCUUAAGGGAGGAGGUAUCGCAAAUCAGAGAACUGGCGUACCUGGCCAUGACAACACUUCCUCAUCCACUUAGAUUCCCUUCUUUGGAUUCACUUCCACAUCACUCUCCUUCUAUAUCACGCCAAAAUAACAACAUCCCAACUUCAAUUCCCACCACUCAAGUUAUACCUCUAGUAACCCCCGCUAGCCCACCAAAUCCCCUUAUCCACACUCUUUACAUACCACAAUACACUCAGAUAUCACAAAAACUGCCUAUUACCACUAAUGUAACUACCCCUCUUCAUGACAGAGUCACUUUUACCACUAACCAGCACAUAUCUGUGGCACAUGCCGCCACCCACGAGCGGUACGUUCCCCUUGUAUAUGCCAUUUCUGAACCUACCUUUACAGCACCUAUCAUCGCCAGGGUGCUUGAUGAGAUUGACCAAUAUGCCGAGAUGGAGAGAGAAGCCAGGCGUAAAGAAGAAGACUCAGUAUCUGAGGAGUUACAAAUGAUGAGAAGGCAAAUGAAGAAUCUCAAAGCUGCCCGGGGAAGUGAAAGUUUGGACUACGAGGAUCUGUGUAUUCAUCCAGAUAUGGAUAUUCCAUCAGCAUACAAACCCCCAAAGUUUGAUAUCUUCGGUAGGACGGGGGACCCUCACGCACAUCUGAGGGUUUAUUGUGACAAGUUAGCCAUAGUGGGGAGGAACGAGAAGCUAAGGAUGAAAUUAUUUAUAAGAAGUUUGAUGGGAGAAGCACUCACUUGGUAUACUCGACAGGAUCCGCGAAAUUGGAGAACUUGGCAAGAUAUGGCGAAGGACAUCAUGAAUCAUUUUCGAUUCAAUACAGAGAUCACAUCUGAUCGGUUCGCACUGGUGAACCUACAGAAAAAACCAUCUGAGUCGUUCCAACCUCUGCUGGAUGACAUUGAACUAACCAAGUAUUUCAUCAGAGCCUAG